AUGGGGAGGAUACCGUCUCUGAAGAACUUCAAUGCGUUCCCGCACGCCGAAGACCACCUGCUGAAGAAGACUUACUCGGGUGCUAUAGUGACGAUUCUCGGGCUAAUUGUUAUGGUUACACUUUUCGCGCAUGAGCUCACGUUUUACCUUACAACCUAUACGAUGCAUCAGAUGUCUGUAGAUCUGAAACGAGGAGAAACUCUACCAAUUCAUAUAAAUGUAUCAUUUCCUUCUUUACCAUGUGAAGUCUUGAGUGUGGAUGCAAUCGACAUGUCCGGCAAACAUGAGGUUGACUUGCAUACAAAUAUCUGGAAGCUUCGUUUGGAUAAGUAUGGCCAUAUCAUUGGUACUGAGUACUUGUCUGAUCUAGUUGAAAAGGAGCAUGGAACUCAUGAUCAUGACCAUGGCCAUGAGCAUGAUGUAGAAAAGAAGCCUGAGCACACCUUCAAUGAAGAUGCAGAUAAAAUGAUUAAGAGUGUCAAACUUGCAAUGGAAAAUGGCGAAGGAUGCCGAGUGUAUGGUGCUUUGGACGUGCAGAGGGUUGCUGGCAACUUCCAUAUAUCGGUGCAUGGUUUAAAUAUUUUUGUUGCAAAUCAGAUUUUUGAUGGGUCAAGCCAUGUCAAUGUUAGCCAUGUUAUCCAUCGACUGUCCUUUGGUCCAGAAUACCCUGGAAUUCAUAAUCCACUUGAUGAUACUUCAAGGAUACUGCACGACACAAGUGGGACAUUCAAAUACUAUAUCAAGGUUGUUCCAACCGAGUACAGAUACCUCUCAAAGGGAGUGUUGCCAACAAAUCAGUUUUCCGUGACAGAGUAUUUUGUUCCCAUUCGCCCAACUGAUAGGUCCUGGCCAGCCGUUUACUUCCUGUAUGAUCUCUCACCAAUCACAGUCACCAUCAGAGAAGAAAGACGUAACUUCCUACAUUUCAUAACUCGCCUUUGUGCAGUUCUUGGGGGUACAUUUGCAAUGACAGGAAUGCUUGACCGGUGGAUGUACAGGAUCAUCGAGUCUAUCUCGAGCUCAAAACCUAGAAGUGGGAUGCGGUAA